AUGGCUGGUGGUGAGAUCGAUCUGUCGAAUGUCAAACAUAUUGUCCUUGUCCUGUCCGGUAAAGGCGGUGUAGGAAAAUCUUCAGUAACGACACAGUUAGCGCUUAGUCUAGUGGACAAAGGGAAUAGAGUGGGAAUCUUGGAUAUAGAUCUGACAGGACCAAGCAUUCCAAGAAUGUUGGGUUUGGACGGCAAACAAAUUCACCAAGCUUCCCAAGGAUGGGUACCAGUUUACGCUGAUGAAAAGAAGCAACUGUCCUGCAUGUCUAUUGGGUUUCUACUAACAAAUAAAAACGAUUCAGUUGUUUGGCGAGGGCCCAAAAAGAAUGCAAUGAUCAAACAAUUCCUUCAAGAUGUAUAUUGGGGAGAUUUAGACUAUUUAUUAAUUGACACACCACCAGGAACAUCAGAUGAGCAUAUCGGCGUGGUCGAAUAUCUUAGAGAAUUCAACCCUGACGGUGCAGUGAUUGUGACCACACCUCAGGGCGUUGCUAUUGCUGAUGUUCGUAAAGAGAUCUCAUUCUGUAAAAAGGUCGGUUUACCCGUAUUGGGAGUAUUAGAGAACAUGAGUGGGUUUGUAUGCCCACAUUGUACUGAAUGCACAAAUAUCUUUUCAUCUGGCGGUGGAGAAUCUAUGGCUACUGAAUAUGGUAUUGAUUUCUUUGGUAGAGUUCCUAUUGAUCCUGCUUUCACAAGCAUGGUUGAAACGGAUGGUGACGGGUCUUACGUCAAGUCGUUCAAAAAUUCCAAUUUAUUCCCUCUGUUCAAAGAAAUUAGUCAAAAAGUCGUUGAAAAGUGUACAGCAGGCAUUUAA